AUGGAAUGCAAUACAUAUGAUAAAUACUCGCGAAAAGAAAGAUUUACGUCGAAUCCUAUCGCUCCCAAGCGUCCGUGUGGUGGCUUAUACGGCUUUAUUUCACCUUUCAUAAAAGCCGUAGUAAAAGAUUUCAGACUUACAAAAGAUCAAUUACCGUCGAAAAAUGAAGCAAUUAUUCCAAUGAUCGUCGAAAAAGCUGCUUUGGGUAUUAUUGAAGAGGGAAAGGAGAUCGGAAAACAAGAUGAUGCUGAAAAAAUAGUAAAGACAUUAUUAGCUGGAUUUAAACAAGAUCUGGAAAAUUCAUCAAAACCAAUUUUACAACUUGAAUGUGAUGGUGAUGCAUCAGAAUCGGCACUACUGAAAUGGACAGAAUUAUCGGUAGAAAAUAUUCAGAUUGAUAAUGUCAGUCAAUCGUAUAGAAAAUUUAGUGAAAUUUCAUUUAAUUCCACAAAUAAAUAUCAAUUAUCCAUACAUGAAAUUCCUGCUAUCCAUCAAUCAGAAGAUAUUCAUUCUUGUUAUUUACUAGUUAUGAAAGGUGCACCGGAAAGAAUUCUUGAAAAAUGUUCAACUAUUCUUAUUAAUGGAGAAGAUAUGGAAAUGAAUUGUUGAUGUCAACGGCAAGGUGAAAUUAUUGUCGUGACUGGAAGUGAUCCAAAUGAUUCACCUGCAUUACAAAAAGCUGAUAUUGGUGUAGCAUUGAAUAUUACUGAUUUUGAUGUUAACAAACAAGCAGCUGAUAUGUUAUUAUUAGAUGAUAGUUUUGCUUCAAUUAUUACAGGUGUUGAAGAAGGUCGUUUAUUAUUUGAGAAUUUAAAAAAAUCAAUUGCAUAUACAUUAACAUCGAAUAUUCCUCAAAUAAUUCCAUUUUUAAUCUAUCUAGUAACAGAUACUCCACUCGCUUUAGGGACCAUAGCUAUUCUUUGUAUUGAUUUGAGUACAGAUAUUAUUCCAGCAAUAACAUUGGCUUAUGAAAAAGCUGAAAAUGAUAUUAUGAAAAAAAAAUGA